AUGAUUAUAUUACUUGUACAAUAGUUUGCAACUAUUUUAUGAAUUUAAACUGACAACUGAUUUCAAAUCAAGCAAUCCAUCAAUAUGAUGCUAAAAAUGAAAAACAAUAUUGCAGAGGGAAUUAUGGAUGUACAAAAUGGUUUUAAAUGACUCUGAGGGCAACUAAGACUGUAAUGGGCAAUGAAAACAAAUUUCUAUCAUCAUCGCAGCCCUUUUUGACAUUUCUGCCUUGAUUUAUUUUUGGCAUAGGGUCUCGCAUUACAGUACAAACCCACUUGAAAUUUUUUUAAGGGGGGGGAGUUCAGUAGUGCACCUGUUUUUCAAUUGUCCUUUUGACAAUUUUUAGAACUUGUAAAAAAAAAAAAUUAUCCGACGUUUAUAUGCUUUGUAAUAACAAAUAAUUUGAUUGCAAAGUGACAGGAUAAUCCCUGUACAUUUCUGUGCAAAUCUACAAGAUACCUGUACACAAUUUAACCAACAUUUAUAUUAUUUGCGGUAUAGUGUCAUGGAACAAAUAAAAUAUGAUCCCUCAGCGUUGGUUUCUAGCCUAAAAACCUUUUAAAUAAGACACAGAUAUCAGAGAACUUUGGGAACCACUCUCGCAAAAGCCUCUGUGACACUAUAAAUUGUUUAUAACUGAUGGCAUGCAGGAGGUUUCGAAACCAUAAAUUGUGGUGGAGACUCACUGUGUGGCAGGAAAGGGUACUGCCACGUCUUAGUUAUUUUCCCUGAGCUCAUUAUUUGGCAAAUAGCACAUCAAUGUAAAUGUUAACGACGUGAUAAACUAAUAAGGGUCAAUUUACAACCAUUUAUUUACCCUUAAUAUACAAAAGUAUUUAUUUACAUAAUGCAGCCAUACAAAUUCGCAGAGGAAUGUUUGCCCUCCAGACACAACAGGAUUUUUGUGUAAUGUUUUUUUUUUUUUUUUGCCUAAUUGUUUCUUAUGAACAUAAUUCACCAACUCGGCCUUGCAAACGAUUUCAACUCAUGCAGGUUACAUUUUGUGAAUGAAAACGUCAAUGUUUGCGACAACUGAUCGUGACGUCACGAUCAGUUGUCGCAUUCAUUGCAGUGUCACGUGGAUGCAUAUUUACAUAAACAUAACAUUUGCACAUGCGCCUUUGCAUUGACGGACAAACUUAACACAAUGUUAAAAUCGGUUUUAGCAGUUAGCAUAAUGUUAGCCUGAUUGCAUUUGUAUAACGUUUUCGGAAAAUUUGGGGGAAAAAAUUAACAAACAAGAACAGGCCGGUUAACUGGACCUGGACAAAAAAAUAGCAAUUGGUCAUUGUUUGUUCAAAUACCGUUAAAAAUGAUACUUUAAAAAUAUUAUUGUAAAGCUGAAAAAGUCAUUAACUUUGAUGAGACACAUUCACCUGACAUGCACGGACUAUAAAGCCUCUUCUUGUUUGGUAGAACCUCAAACAAGGUUUGACUUGGAGAAAAGUACUUUGAAAAUAGCAUGCGUUGAAGAGAUGCAAUUUUCCCCCUCCUCCACGUGUAUUUUUCCCCUGGCUCUGCAGCCAAAGGUUGACUUUAUAGCGGGGAGCCAUUGACUCACAAGCUCCUGCGGGCCCAUUGAGGCGUGUGUCAUGUAGUGCCAGUGGUCACAUGGCUCGGGAUCGACAUGGAUCUCACUCACGCACGUCAGCUCACGACGUGCAGGGCUCAGUGCGCCUCACUAAAGUCACUGCAGCUCACUCAGUCAGCAGGAUGACCCCGUGCUGAGGAGGACGGUCGAAUAUGGAUUUGGAUGCUUCCAAUAUGUAUCUACCCAGCUGCACUUACUACGUCCCCGGAGCGGACUUCACGGCUCUGCCGCACUAUCUGGCCCAGGGUCAGCCCUCCUGCCCGGUGGCUUACUCCUACCAGUCAUCGGCUCUUCCUCAGGUUCCGUCCGUGAGAGAUGUGGCGUUCAGAGACUAUGCGGUAGACGGCGCGGCCAAAUGGCACCACGGCAGGGGGAGUCUUGCGCACUGCUACGCGGACGACAGUUGGACCAGCCCGACCCCCCGCGGCGGAGACCUGCCGGGGAAAGGCGUUUCGUCCUCGGGUUCCACCGUUGCGCCUGGAGGCUUCCACGGCGGCGCCGCGGCAAGGAACGGCGUCCUGCCGCAGGCUUUCGAUCAGUUCUUCGACUCGACUUACGGCGGCCAGGAGCACGGAGCCACACCGGGGCAGGACAGGCUAGGCGCGGUCAAGUCGAGUCCUGCGCCGGCUCCUCAAGCUCCAGGUUCGGACACGGCGGAAAGCUGCAGCCCCAAGUCGUCUCCCGGCCUCGGCGAGGAUAGGAGCGGAAAAGGAGGCGGUGUCCAGAAGACGCGCAAGAAGAGAUGUCCAUACUCCAAAUAUCAAAUCAGAGAGCUGGAGCGGGAGUUUUUCUUCAGCGUUUACAUCAACAAGGAGAAGCGGCUGCAGCUUUCCCGGAUGCUCAACUUGACUGACCGACAGGUGAAAAUCUGGUUUCAGAACAGGAGGAUGAAGGAGAAGAAACUCAACAGGGACCGUUUACAGUACUACACCAGCAACCCCCUGCUAUAAAACAUGGACUAUAUAUAUGUCAAACACCUGCACGCCAUUGGGAACUCUUCAAAAGUCCAAAUGAUGUGUCAUUAAACGUCCCUUUCUCUAUUAUUAUAAUUAUUAUAAUUAUUAUUAUUUGUUUUGUUGUUGUUGUGACAAAAAAUGCUCUUAUGUUCAUCCCCCAAUUUGUAUGCUCACAUUUACACGCUCGCACGCACAGACUGGAAUCGUUUUAUUCGUACUUUUAAUAUUAUAUUGUGCAAAUAUAUAUAUUGCAUAUUGUGCAAUGGCUGGAGGUGAUUUUUUUUGGUGCUGUUUAUGUGUUUCUGUGACAUAUUCAAUCAUAUUUAACAUGUCCUUCAGCGCUUCCAUGAUCCGAAUUGUAAACCAGUAAUAUAAAAAAAAAUCCCCCUCAAAAUCCCUGUCGUGAAACUAAACCCUUUAUUUUUGUUUUAUAUUGUGGCACGUAUUGUUCGUACGCAAAACCUGUCUUCUCCAGAGCCUCAGUAACAGGAUCUGCUGCAGCUUUUAAUUUGAUAUCCAUUACAAAGAGCCGGGUCGUUUCCUGCCGGCUCAUUUCUAACCCUACAUGCCUGUUAGGAGACGGAAGAAAAAAAAUCCCCCACAUUUUAGUGAUAAAUAGAAAGUCUGUUUCUGUCAUUUUGGAAGUUUCCAUCUAAACUUUCAAAAAAUUGUAUGCUCUAAUUUCUCCAAUUUACCAAAAUACUAUGCAUCUAAGGGUUUAUUUCGCCAGCAGCGUGUAGUAGAAAUAGUAAAUAUAGACAUUUGUUUACCCCAAAAUUCGUCUUUCCCCCCUGAACCGAGCUUCUAAAAAGAGCUUGAAUGACCUGCCAUUAGAUAAUAUGGCUUCCUUAUACCGUACAUCCUGUGAGACUCCCAGGAAUUCCGCUUUGAUUGCUGCACAUCCUCCCAGUUGCUCCAGUAACUUGGCCAUAAAAAAGGCGGACUCGUCUGGAGCAUUUGGAGUGGAGUGCAAUAAAGCGUCUGAGAACCAAGGUUAUUAACUGCGACUAUAAGGAGGCUAGCAAAACAAGAGGUGCUGCACCAUUGAAGGCUGCGGCUCUCCUUGGUGCAGCAUCGGCACGCCAGUCUGUUGCAGGAAUAUUCUGGAUUGUUUUCCCCCCCCCCAGUUUGAGUGUUGUGGCGCAGUUGAAGGCCUUGCUGCUUUUGUCCACAGGAGGGCGCUCCACCGAUCAAUGUCAAUGCCGUUUGAUUCUUUCCGAUUAAAGACGCUGGUUCAGGGGUUCAAUCCUUCAGGUAAGCAUGAUAUGAUAACGAUGUGUGUGUUUCUCCCUGACUGUUCACUUGGAUUAUCUUGAAAAACACAAUGGAGGCACUCAAGUUGGUCGACAAUGUUAUCAUGCAAUAAAAUAUUAUCGGGUUAAUUGUA